AUGCUGUUGGCCACGUUACUUUGCUGUGUACAUUUCCAAAUUGUUAGAAGUUUAGAGAUUUUAGCGCCACAAGUCGACCCCGACGAGUUCCAGGGCGUCAUUUCGCGGCUGCCGAACUGGGUGGCCGACGAAUUCCCGGAUAUCCAAAUCGGAAGUGCGAAAAGUUUGCGGAAAGGCUCCGUCCGCAUUUCCAUCGACUCGGACGGUGAUAAGAUUCUGGCAGCCGAGAGUGCGGUUGAUGCGCUAUAUGGCAUUAAUUACUACCUACGCACAUUUUGCGCAAGCCAAAUAGCUUGGGAUGGCAGCUCAUUUUCCGGAGGCUGCGACCGAGUCAGGGAGCACGAGGUGGCCCUCGAUUCGCCACCGAUUCGCUUCUUCGGGAACCCGGUGACGUACUCGUACAGUUUUGCCUGGUGGAAAUGGGAGCAGUGGCAGCCGUUUAUCGACUGGCUAGCGUUGAACGGCUUCAACAUGGUGCUAACCCCCCUCGGCCAGGACUACCUUUGGAAAGAGGUCUGGCUGGACCUCGGAGUGCCAGAAGCCGACCUCAGAAGCUGGCUCGUCGGUCCGCCAUUCCAAUCCUGGCAAUGGAUGGGUAACCUUCAAUCUCAUGGCGGCCCCGUUUCCGACCACAUUUUGAAGCAACAGCUUGAGCUCAAUUUGAAGAUUGUCACCCGUCUCUCAGCCCUCGGCAUCGUCCCCGUCAUGCCAAUGUUCGAUGGCAUCGUGCCGGCCGCGAUUUUGAAAAGCUUCCCGAACGCGACGCUUCGGCAGAACAGGCCGUGGAACAAGUUCAACGGCACCUACAGCCUCUCGCCCAGUGAUCCACUUUUUCAGAAGAUUGGAAGGAUGUUUUUGGAGAAGCAAAAGAAGUACUACGGCAACGUGAUCCAGAACGUCUACUCGGCCGACCCGUUCAUCGAGAAUUUCCCGGAUCUGAAGGCGAUGAGCAAGGCGAAGAAGACCCCACAUCGAACACAUCCGGAUGCCGUGUUCGCCCAGACGGCCAAAGCGAUUUAUGAGGGCUGCCGGAGCGUUGAUCCGAAAUGCGUCUGGGUCGUACAAGGCUGGGCGUUCCAGGACGCCGGCUGGACCUCACGACACGUCAAGGAGUUUCUGACUGCCGUGCCGAAGGGGAGAAUGCUGGUUCUCGACACUUUCGGUGAUGAAGCUCCCCUCUACCCGGCUUUCAACAAUUUCUGGGGCCAACCCUUUGUCUGGUGUCUACUCCAUAAUUUUGGCGGCUCGGUGCAGAUGCACGGGAAUUUGAAGCGGAUAGGAAAGUUCUGGGAACAAGCCCUGGCGUCGGCUCCAAAUCUGGUGGGUGGUGGCCUGGUGAUGGAGGCGAUCAACCAGAACUACGUCCUCUACCAGUACGCCAUCGACGCGUUCUGGGGGGAGGAGAGGGCGGAAUUAUCGACUUGGUUGAUGAGCUUCGCGCGAAGUCGCUAUAGCGUAUCCCGGUUAGCCGUUCCAGCCGUUCAUAAGCUCUGGACCCUCCUGUCCGACACGUUCUACAGCGAACCCCCGAGCACAAAACCCCACUUUGACGUCUUCAUCUACAAACGGCCAAAGCUCGGCCAGCGGAUAAAGUACUGGUUCGACACGCGGUUAUUCCCGCGCAUCAUCAACUCGUUCGCAGCGCUUAAUCAGAGCCUCGGCACCAACGAGAUGUUCAGAAAAGACUACGCCGACAUACUCCGCGAGGCGCUACAGUACACCCUCGGCAAUAAGCUGAUUUUGCGGAUAAACGAGGCGUUCGCCAUCGGUGAUGAGCCGAGUCUGCGCGAGUCCUGCACAGAGGUCGACCAGGCGUUCAUGCUUCUCGAUGAGACGGCAAACGUGCAACUGGAGCCGUUGAUACGGCAGGCGAGAAGUUGGGGGAGUACGAAGGAGGAGAGCGAUCUUCUUGAGCACAAUAUGAGGCUGAUGCUCACGCUGUGGGGUCCGGAGGGGCAGAUUGUUGAUUACGCUCGCCGUGAAUACGGUGGAAUGAUCAGCGGCUACUACCGUGCCCGGUGGAGCUUCUUCUGCGACUCCCUCCUCGACGCCAAGUACCACUUCGACCAGGACAAGUUCGAGGAGGAACUCUUCCAAUUCGUCGAGCUGCCCUUCACCCAGCCAGCUUCAACCGAUCGGCCA